ACUUGUUUGUCCCAUGCCUUGACGUCAGCAGCUUGACAGCUUGGUUAGACACUUGCCCUGUUUAAAAUUUGUUUCUCUGUAACUUAUACCAUAGACGGUAUUAACCAAUAAUUGUGACAUUAUGAGCUGAAAGUGCGUUUGCCAUUUUCUGUGUAUUAACUUGGUACCACAUGCUACGCCAUGUCUUUCUUCGUAGAUUCCGUCAUAAUGUUCACUUCUCAGGUGCUGUUUUUCGGGUUCGGGUGGCUGUUUUUCAUGCGGCAGUUGUUUAAAGAUUAUGAGGUUCGACAGUAUGUUGUGCAGGUGGUGUUCUCUGUCACAUUUGCCUUUUCUUGCACCAUGUUUGAGCUCAUUAUCUUUGAGAUUCUUGGUGCAUUAAGCAGCACGUCCAGAUAUUUCCAUUGGAAGCUGAAUUUGUAUGUAAUAUUACUAGUUCUAAUAUUUGUGGUGCCUUUCUACAUUGGCUACUUUGUGGUCAGUAAUAUACGUUUAUUGCAUAGACAAAGGUUGCUUUUUUCAUGCGUGGUCUGGUUCACUUUCAUGUAUUUCUUCUGGAAACUGGGCGAUCCUUUCCCUAUUCUUAGUCCAAAACAUGGCAUUCUGUCCAUAGAGCAGCUGAUUAGUCGUGUGGGGGUCAUUGGGGUCACACUGAUGGCUCUUCUGUCCGGCUUUGGUGCUGUAAACUGUCCUUAUACAUACAUGUCUUAUUUCCUAAGAAAUGUGACAGACAGUGAUAUCCUGGCCCUCGAAAGAAGACUGCUCCAGACUAUGGACAUGAUAGUCAGUAAAAAGAAAAGGAUUGCCAUGGUAAGAAGGCAGAUGUACCAGCGUGGAGAGGAGCAGAAUAAGCAGACAGGAUUUUGGGGGAUGAUAAAGAGUGUGACUUCUUCACCAUCCGGCAGUGAGAAUCUUUCCCUGAUCCAGCAGGAAGUGGAUGCUCUGGAGGAACUCAGUAGACAGCUUUUUCUGGAGACCGUGGACCUGCAGGCCACCAAGGAACGGAUAGAAUACUCUAAAACAUUUCAAGGGAAAUACUUCAACUUCUUGGGGUAUUUCUUCUCCAUCUACUGUGUGUGGAAAAUAUUCAUGGCCACUAUAAACAUCGUGUUUGACCGUGUUGGGAAGACUGACCCGGUGACAAGAGGAAUCGAGAUCACAGUCAACUACCUCGGAAUUCAGUUUGAUGUCAAGUUCUGGUCUCAGCACAUUUCCUUCAUCCUGGUGGGAAUCAUCAUAGUCACGUCCAUACGAGGCCUUUUAAUCACACUCACCAAGUUUUUCUAUGCCAUCUCCAGCAGCAAGUCCUCCAAUGUUAUUGUGCUCGUCUUGGCUCAGAUCAUGGGCAUGUAUUUUGUGUCGUCGGUGCUCCUGAUGCGGAUGAGCAUGCCUUUAGAGUACCGCACAAUAGUGACUGAGGUACUGGGAGAACUGCAGUUUAACUUCUACCACCGCUGGUUUGACGUCAUCUUCCUGGUCAGCGCUCUCUCCAGCAUCCUCUUCCUCUACCUGGCCCAUAAACAGGCACCUGAGAAGCACAUGACCCUGUGACCUUACAAGUGACCUCAUCAGAGACAGACGCACAGGACUGAAAUGUGCCUUUUCUGUUGUCUCUCCUUUCAGAAGGACUUUCAUGCCUCUAUCCUGUAAUGAGCAUUAUUGGGUCUGUAUUUCCUGAAUCAGGAGGCCCCCAGAGACAGUAUUUAUUAGACUUUGGGUUUAAAGACUGUGAUGCUGGUUCACUGUAUCAUUUGAAUAGAUUUAUAUUAUUGGAGGGAACAAAAUUGCAUACAAUAUUGGUGUAUUUUUUUUUUUUUUUAUAAAGAGCAUAAAAAUUCCCAUACCAGGUGUUAUGUUUUCCACAGUAGGUGAACAAAAAUAACCCGUCUUACUAGUUUGUUUGGCAUGAAACCAGCCUCGAACCAUCUUUUAUCAUUAAUAGACAACACAUACUGUUUAUCUCAGCAACACCCAGAGAUGUUACAGUGGACUGUUGAACUCUAGUUUUGCUUACAAGCCUGUUAAUCGUUACUGUCAUUUCAUGUCUUGUCCAGGAACAUUAAGAAUGAUUCACAUAUUGAUACUGUAUGGAGUGAGUGAGAGCCAUAAUCUGAAAUCGUGCUGGCAUUUAUGUUAAUUUAGGCUAUUUUGUGUUCUUCUUUUUUGUUAGAUGGACGGGUGUUUUUUAUUUACUAAAUGGGCUGUGCCAGAGACGUAACCGUCCAUGGUUUAUGCUCAAAUUAAGUCAGCUCAGAAUUCAAUAAAAAAGGCUUUUCAAACAUUUCCACUGUUUCUUCAGUUAUAUUCAGUAGUUUAAAUCCUGCCGAUUUAAAAGGUUUUACUUAUCUGGAGAUAGUGUUUUAAAUAUGUUGCAGGCCUCUCCCCUCAACUUAUUUCACCAUUUUGAAGUGACGUGACCAGUGAUGUUUCUCUAAAAGUGUCAGAGAUUCCUUACGUUUAUUGGCUGCCACCUCUGUAGAUAUGCUAGUAGCAUAGUGUUGUUCUGUGAUGUGACGGGUACAACUGAAGUCUCCAAAAUGGUCAAUCAAAUUUUUGUGGAAAAUUGUAGUAUUUACUAAAUGUCCAAUUCAUUAUUUGUUUUGACAUUCAUGUACCUUUUUAAUCGAAAUAAUUUCCCCUCCCUCUUGCACCAACAUUUCUUCUCUGAUGACAUGUUUACUAGCGUGAGGGCGGGACAACCUGUCACACAUGAGAUCGACCAAUAGCAAACCACAGCCAUCCAAUGAAUUCCCAAUGGACAAAGUCAAGUCCAAUGUUUAACUCCAAUAUACAUCACAAUAUGGAAUAAAACACUGUCGCAACUCCAAUUACAUGCCGGCUUUAAUUAUUGUGUAGAUUGCUCUCUGAAACUCAGUGUAAUUUGCAUAAAACAUUGUUUUUCGUGUAACAAUUACAGUGUUGAAAAACAGUGAUGCCAACACUUGCUUAAGAACUUGCUAAAUCCACCUUUAAAAUGAAAAGAAUGGGUUACUCUGAAUUCUAUUUGAUAUUGCACCAAAUACAGACCAGGUUUUAUUCAUUAGGCAUCCA